AUGCUUGUCGGCUGGUUCUUGUUGACGCUUCCUUUGAUCGAAGGGAGCACUUUAUUCACAGACACUUUUCUCUCAGCGACCCGGUCGUCAACAUCGAGAAACAUCGCGGCAUUUGGGCUCCCGCCUUCGUUUGCAAAACGGCUCGCUUCACUUUCACAACGCCAUCCCGCGGCUCCUGUUUUGUCAUCUUCUGAUGACGAGGACGGAAACCCUUCUCGAGGAGGCAACGAUGUCGGAAGCGAUAGACGAAAACGGAUGCGCGACCGCGUGAAAGAAAUUGCCCGGAACGUCGUGGCCAAGCCAAUUGCCUACGCCGCACCCAUGCCACAAGCGGUAGCCGCUGUCUUAAAAGAUGCUACAAUGAAAGCUGUCGAUAUGGCAGUGGACGAAGUCAUGAACGGCAGAAACUCGAAAGCUGCCUCCUCGUCCUCCACGUCUACCAGAAACCUACUAUUGGAUGCGACGACCCUGAUUAACGAGGCUUUCGAACCUGUGGAAAAGUCUCUCGGAGAAAUGGAAGAAGCUCUAAAGCAAGCACGUAAAUCGCUACGAGAGGCCAAAGUCUCCGCAACCGACUCUUUGGGAGUUGUACAGGCCGCUGCAAUUGCCCAAGCAGAAGGGACGUCGGCGGCGAUUACAGCAGCUGAAGAAGCCGCAAGUCGAAAAGUGAUUGCCGAUAUUUACACAUCAGGAAACGAUAUCAACGUGACGGCACUCACAUUCGAAGACAUUGACUACGGAACUAGUGAAAUGGCGCCCCCUUUUCUCGAUGAAGAUCAAUGUCUGGUACCAGGCGAACCGGUUGUUCGCGUAGAAAAAGCGCCCGAAAACUCGCGUCGAAUUUUUGCCGGCAUUGAUAUCAUGGCUAGUGUCGAUACGGUGUGGGACGUUUUGACAGACUAUGAGCAUUUGCAAAAUGUGGUUCCCAACCUGGUCGUCAACGAAGUCAUGGCGCUCUACAACGGCAAGACUCCGGAAGAGAUCAUGAUUGAUUCAUCAGCACUCGAAGAAAUUCAGUGCAAGCAAUACGCAGAUCAAAUGAAGGGAUCGCUACUCCGACAGGUGGGAGGGGCCAAGGUAGCUGGCAUCAAUUUUUCGGCCCGGACAACGCUUGAAGUCAGAGAAUGGCCACAAGGUUUACCGGACUUUGCCCACUUCAGCGACGAAAUCUGGGAAGGCAAGUCUCGCAAAGAACGGGCGAAGGAAAAUGCUAAGGUCAAGCUGCAAAGGUACAAGUUUCCUCGACCUUUUGCCGUAUCAAAGCUACCUACACGCGACAUCUCGAUGCAAAGCAUUAAGGAAGAUGACGGUGAGUUCCGCAUGUAUCAGGGUGUGUGGCGCAUGCAGCCUCUUCCCGGCUGCGCCCCACCCGGCAAGCAAGCAAUGCGACUGACGUACGCGGUAGAAGUAAGUCCGCGAGCCUAUUUACCCGUUCAACUUGUCGAAGGCCGUAUUGUGCGAGACUUGUGCACAAACCUGGGUGCUAUCCGUGACUUUGUCGAGAGGGAACACUAG